AUGGAAUGGAAAUCAUUAUUGGACAUAAAUCACUCAUACAUAGUUACACUUACUUUCUCGUAUAAUCAAAUUUCUUUGAUUGUUGAUGACUUCGCUCCAGUAGUUUUCAAACUGCCACCUGCGGUCAUCAGUCACCCACUUAAAUUUGAUACACCAGUAUAUCUGGGAUACACACCGGUGCUGCUUCUCCGCUCGCAUUCAAUGCAAACGGCAUUAAACAAUUUCACGGGUUGUUUGUCGAAUAUUUUUAUUAAUGGGCGCGAAAUAUCGACAACAGAUAUAAGAUUUUUGGGCGAUAUCGCUCAUUGCUCACAAAAUAUAUGUGUAAAAAGUUGCUUGAAUGGUAACUCAUGCCUGUUGGAUGCGAAAACUGAUGAUAAACCGUUAUGUCAAUGUAUUCAACAUUUUAACGGCCAACUUUGUGAGCAGCAAAUAUGUAGAAGUAGUGAAAUCUGUGGCGACAAUUCUUCUAAUACCAAGAUGAUGAGUGAAGAACAAUUAAAUAUGAAGUUGAACCACACAGUUCCAUUGUUCGUUGGUGAUGGUUUUCUAAGUGAGAAGUUAAUGAUGGAUGUGAAAGAAAAGCUAGAAAUAGAAAUAUGGUUAAAAGCAAUGAAUCCAGAUGGCCUGGUAUUCUAUUGGACUAAUUUAGACGCUACCACAGGGCAAUAUACGGACGGCUAUUUUAUAGCAUUAGUGUUAAUCUUUUCACAGCCCCACUUCUUCUGGAAUUUUGGCUCUGGGAUCAUUUAUAGCAGGUCCACUGCAUCAGUUUUGAACGAUCGAUUCCACUCCAUCCACUUUGAGAAAUAUUUCCGUAAUGGUUCGCUUCAAGUUAAUGAUGAACAGUCUGAUAUCCGGAUUUCUCAGAUUGGCUAUUCACCAAACAGUACAGUGAUUUUCAUCGGCGGUGUUCCAAACAAAACGAUCCUACCAAGCGCGGUACCAGAACUUGGGAUACCAUUUCGAGGUGCAAUACAACGACUGACCAUUAAUGGACAUAGAUUUUCUGAACUUUUCAAGGAAUUUCAACGAAUUGGUCGUAUUAUGCAGUAUGAUGAUGUCCCAUGUUCUAAUAUUAAGAGUGGAAAUAGGAACUGUCUAUGGAAUCUUAAUAAAUAUGGUUGUCGAUGCCUGAAUGAAUACCAACCACUGGAAUACAUCCAGCAAGAUGAGAAAGCAGGUGCAGAUCCGAACGAUAGCCUCCUACUUGAUGGGCGAAACGAAUAUGCUUUAGUUAAAACGAUGGUUUCAAAGAGACGUUCGAAAAUAUUGACAGACUAUCAGUUUAUGAUCAAAACGAACAAAUCAGAAGGUUUAAUCUGGUGGGAAAGUAAGAGGCAUAUGAUCCGUUCUAAUUAUAUAGCAAUAUUUGUCCUCGCUGGACGACUUGGUUUUGCUAUAAAUUUGGGCAGCAGUCCAAAAGUUAAAGUAAUUGGAUCAAAUACAAUUGUAAAUGAUAAUCGGUGGCACAGUGUUGCGUUUUUACGGGAGAAGCGAAAGUCGUUGCUAAUUGUGGACAAUGAAAAAAUAACUUAUAUUUCUCCAUCCCGUACUGCGGAGUUAAUGACUGAUGGAAUUAUUUGGAUUGGUGGGAAAAAGAAAAUACCGCGGAGUUUUCCAGUAAAAAUACCGUACAAAGGUUGUUUACGAAACUUACGAAUCUCGUCACAAGUGAUUAAUAUACGACGGGAAUUUUCAUUAAACAAAACGUAUCGAAGAUGCGAAAAUUAG